AGGUGUGUCAGAUAUCUGCAGGUGUACACAGAGUUUAUAAAGCUCUGCACACUUUUUUGAGGGUCUGUGGCAGGGAAUAUUGCUUGAACAGCUGGGUCAGUUAUAUUAAGCUGCUCUGAAUGUAAACUUCAACACCAAUAAUAAAGGACACUGGCUUACGUGGAGAUGAACGAGUCUGUGAAGAACCCAAACCAGCAGAGCUAUUGGCAGGAGAUGGGCAGAUGGGUGGGCUAUGAAGAGACCUAUGAUGUUGAGGCGGGCCACUGGGGCCCGUCCCACAUCUCCUACCUCACCUUCAAGAGCCUGGUGCAGAUACGCAGGACAAUGAACACGGGUGUGAUGAUGCUGGACAGAGAGGAGAAGACGCUCACCAGUAUUAUUGAGAAGAUUGUGGAUGCCCUGGUUAGCAAAAAGGAGAUUCAGCCAGGGGACAGAGAUAAAGUUCUUCAAGCAUUAAUGCACAAACAGAGCCAGUCUGUAGAGACCCAGCCUCUGACUUCAGGUGUGGAAAUGGAGAAAUUCUCUGUCACAGAGAAAAGGGACGCAACUCAUACUGCAGAGGCCUCGAUGGUGCUUGUAGGUGCUCUGGAGUUCCUGGAGAGGCCUACAAUAGCAUUUGUGCGUCUACGGGAUGCCGUGGUGCUGGAGUCGGCACUGGAAGCUCCCGUGCCUGUGCGGUUCAUCUUCAUCCUGAUUGGCCCAACAACAACUGACAUGGACUAUCACGAGUGUGGCCGAACAAUGGCAGCACUACUAGCUGACAAAGUGUUUAACCAGGCAGCUUUUCAGGCUCAGAGUGACAGAGAGCUGACCGACGCUGUGGGAGACUUCAUGGACUGCUGCAUUGUGAUUCCACCCACUGAGAUUCAGGAUGAGUCCAUGCUAACAUCACUCAUCCCCUUCCAGAAGAAACUACUGCAAGAGAAACUCCGCCCAUCUGACCCCAAACUCCGCCUGGAUGUCAAACCUCGCAAGCCUUCAAAGUCCUCAGGACCCCCUCCAGAAGAUCCAUUAGCACGUACUGGUGUUCUGUUCGGUGGCAUGAUUAGAGACAUGAAGAGACGGUAUCAACACUACGUCAGUGACAUCACUGAUGCUCUGAACACUCAGGUUGUCGCUGCAAUCAUCUUUAUCUACUUUGCUGCUCUCUCACCAGCCAUCACCUUCGGAGGUCUUCUUGCUGAUAAGGUGGAUAACAUGAUGGGUGUUUCAGAGCUGAUGAUCUCCACUUCAGUGCUGGGCAUUAUCUUCUGCCUGAUUGCUGCCCAGCCUGUACUAGUUAUUGGCUUUUCUGGACCACUGCUGGUGUUUGAAGAGGCCUUUUUUAAUUUCUGUAAGUCUCAAGACAUUGAGUACAUCGUAGGCCGAGUGUGGGUUGGUGCUUGGCUGGUGGUCAUCGUUGUGGUCAUUGUUGCAUUUGAAGGAAGCUUCCUGGUCCGCUUCAUUUCCCGCUUCACUCAAGAAAUCUUCUCCAUCCUCAUCUCCCUCAUCUUCAUCUACGAGACCUUUGCCAAACUUGGCAGGGUUUUCAAAGAACACCCUCUUAUCCUGAAUUAUGAGCAUUUAAACAAUACAGUUGAGGACCCUUGGCACUCAGUAGUCAACUAUCAGAGACUCCUGGACAAUGCUACAGGCAAUGUGUCUGUCGUGAGGUCCGUUCAACACCGGCCUUAUCCCAACACAGCUCUUCUGUCCAUGUGUCUCAUGUUUGGCUGCUUCUCUAUUGCAUACUACCUACGUAUGUUCAAGAAUGGCAAAUUCCUACCAGGCAAGAUUCGACGUUUGCUCGGUGACUUUGGAGUUCCCAUUGCAAUUUUCCUCAUGGUUGCUGUCGAUAUCAAUAUUGAGGAUACAUACACUCAGAAACUGGUUGUGCCUAAGGGUCUUCAGGUGUCCAACCCUAAAAUGCGGGGAUGGUUAAUCAACCCUUUGGGUGAACACAAGCCCUUCCCCAUAUGGCUGAUGUUUGCGUCUAUUGUCCCAGCUAUGCUGGUCUUCAUCCUCAUCUUCCUAGAGUCUCAGAUUACCACGUGAGUGAUGUUUUCUGAAGGA